AUGGCUGGAGAAGUACCUUUGGAGAUCUUGCAAAAUUUGCAGCAGCAAAUUCAGGAGAUGAGGGCGGAAAUCACAACAAUGAGGGCGGAACAAGCGAACAGAGUAGGAGGUCAUUCUGACCGCUCUGUCAAUGUAGAGACAUAUCAUUCAGACACCGGGGAACAACCUCAUACCCAAGGUAAGGGACGACGAGAGAAUCAUAAUCCUGUGCCUAGUGAGGGAGUUGGAGGAGUUAACGGAAGAGGGGCAGGUAGAGGUGAUGGACGACCGGUAAGCAGGGCUGGGAGUAGAAGCGGAGGGCGAGGAAGAGGGCGGGGCAAUGACAGAGGCGAUCCUCGUCGCCGGGAGGAGAGGCAACGAAACGAAGAGCAAAACCCUAUACAUGGCGAUCAAGCUGAGGGAUUACACCCUUUCACGCCACGGGUAAUGCAAGCGAUCAUACCAGAAAACAAAGUGUUGCCAUCAAUGGAGAAGUAUGGAGGUUCAUCUGACCCUGUUAAGCAUUUACGAUCCUUCGUAGAUGCCAUGGCGGUAUAUUCGUCCGACGAACUGGUAUGGUGUAGAGUUUUCUCUCUUUCAUUAAAGGAAGAAGCAUUAGACUGGUUCCAUUCCUUACAACCUGGAACCAUUGACAACUUCGUCGAAUUGCGCCAACUAUUUACUCAGCAGUAUGCCUCAAGUAAGACGCCCGGUGUGACUUACACGGCCCUAGUAAGAAUGAAGCAAGGACGAGAGGAGUCCCUCAAACUUUUUAUGGAUCGGUUCAACCGUACCGCCCGGCAGGUACGGAAUGCCGAUCAGCGACUGGUGGUGAGUGCCUUGACCACUGCAUUGCGNCCUGGUCCGUUUUGUGACUACCUCCACGCAGAAGAGCCCCAAAGCAUGGACGAAUUACAAAGCAAAUUGGCCAGUUUUAUUCGUAUAGAAGAAGGGAGAGCCCAUCAACGUGGGAGAGAAGAGGGGGAAUCAGUGNCCCGUCCGGCCAGANUGAGAUCCGGACCACAGUCCGGUGGGAAUGACAGGAGAGGAGGCUACAGAGGCAAAGAACACAACCAAAUGCAACAAUACAUUCACCACACUCCUUUGAAUGCACCNCGUGCAAGAGUACUGGAAGAGGCGUUGAGGGNCGACCUGCUAACAGUGGUACAAAUACCUACACCUAGAGGAGCUGAUGAAAGCAAAUAUUGCCGGUAUCAUCAAAAUCGGGGCCACACAACUGAAGAUUGUCAUACAUUGAAGGACAANUUGGAAUCUUUGGUUCAAGCANGACAUCUUCAGAANUUCGUCCACAGGGGAAGAGCGCCCACCAGACCCGAUCGGACCUCAUUGCAGCCAGAAUCCCGAAAAAGGACCCGGCCGAGAGCGGAUCGGAGCAGAAGCAGAAGCGCUNACCGAACGGUCAGAGGAGUAAUCAAUACUAUUUCUGGAGGGUUUGCAGGAGGUGGAUCGACGUCAGCCGCCCGCAAAAGACACUUAAGAAACUUGCAUAGCUCCCACCGAACGGACACCUCAAAAAGAUCUAUGCCNNCCAUCACUUUUUCUGAUGANGAUUUCCAUGCACCNGACUUAGAGCAAGAUGACCCGAUGGUGAUAACAGCAAUGAUCGCCAGGUACAAGGUGAGUAAAGUCUUAAUAGAUCAAGGUAGUUCGGCCAACAUAUUAUAUUGGAAGACCUUCAAGCAAAUGGACAUAUCGGAGGAUGCAAUUUUGCCUUUCCAUGAGCAAAUUGUNGGAUUUGCGGGAGAGAGAGUGGAUACAAGGGGGUAUGUCGAUCUGAGGACCAGCUUGGGAGCCGACAGGGACGCUAAAGAGAUGAAGGUUCGGUUCCUGCUAGUAGAAGCCGACACAUCUUAUAAUGUUCUAUUGGGAAGACCGUGCUUAAACAUGUUCAGGGCUAUUGUCUCAACCCCACACCUAACUUUAAAAUAUCCCGCAGAUGACGGAAAGAUAUCAACCGUUCGGGCCGAUCAGAAGAUGGCACGUGAAUGUUAUGCGGCGGGUUUGAAAAUAAAACCCAGGAUCACAAACUUCCCAAACAACCGAUCUGAGGUCGCCAUGAUGGAAUUGGAUCCUAGAACUCAGUUCGAUGAUCGGGUAGAACCCCUAGGAGACACACGUCCUUUUGUUAUCGGACAGCAAAAAGAUCAAUGUACCACACUGGGGCGUAAUCUUACUACCGAUCAGGCGAUGUCGAUAGAAACACUUUUGCUGAAAAACAAAGACUUAUUUGCCUGGCAGGCAGCGGAUAUGCCAGGCAUUCAUCCUGACAUAAUAUCUCACAAACUCUCAUUAUUCAGGGACGCCCGACCGGUUGCCCAAAGGAAGCGUAGGUUGGGCAAUGAAAAGAGAAGGGCGGUAGAAGAGGAGGUAGAAAAGUUGUUGGAAGCUGGUUUUAUACGUGAGGUCAAAUAUACCACGUGGUUGUCAAACGUGGUAAUGGUGAAGAAGCCGAACGGAAAAUGGAGAAUGUGCACAGAUUUCACUGAUCUUAAUAAAGCGUGCCCGAAAGAUACAUAUCCACUUCCAAGUAUCGACGGGCUGGUUGAUGGUGUCUCAGGGUAUGAAAUCUUGAGCUUUUUAGAUGCUUAUUCGGGAUAUAAUCAAAUCCCCAUGUACCAACCCGAUCAGGACAAAACCGCCUUCAUAACGGAACGUUCCAAUUACUGUUAUGAAGUUAUGCCGUUUGGCCUAAAGAAUGCAGGAGCAACAUAUCAACGACUUAUGGAUAAGGUUUUUCAGCAUCAAAUAGGAAGAUGCAUGAAAGUAUAUGUGGACGAUAUGGUUGUAAGGAGCCGAUCGGUAGAUGAACACUUGCAACAUUUGGCAGAAGUUUUAAAUCAGGUACGGAAGUUCGGGAUGAGGUUAAACCCUCUCAAAUGUACAUUUGGAGUAUCUGCAGGGAAAUUUUUGGGCUUCAUGCUCACCGCACGAGGCAUAGAGGCCAACCCAGAGAAAUGUCGGGCUAUNUUAGACAUGAGAAGNCCAAACAGUUUGAAGGAGGUACAACGGUUGGUCGGGAGACUUACCUCGCUAUCCAGAUUUAUACCCAAAUUAGCCGACCGUAUCCAGCCUAUCUUAAAGCAAAUGAAAAAACAGAAGCAAGUGGAUUGGGACGACCAGUGCGAGACAGCUUUCNAAGAAGUGAAGCAGAUUCUCACUAACCCUCCGGUUAUGAGGCGCCCAGACUAUGGCCACGAUUUGCAUUUAUUUCUGGCGGUCGGUGAGGAAGCAGUCAGUGCAGCGUUAAUACAAGAAGUUCCAGAAUUUCGACCAAUUUAUUUCAUCAGUCGUGUGUUAAAAGAACCGGAAACCAGAUAUCAGCAACUCGAAAAGAUAGUCCUGGCACUUGUAAUUGCCACCCGAAGGCUUCGCCCCUAUCUGCAGGGAAAUCAGGUAAUUGUCCGAACGGACUAUCCUAUUUCUAAAAUUCUGCGUAAACCUGAUCUAGCAGGCAGGAUGAUCGGUUGGUCUAUUGAACUCUCAGAGUUCGAUUUGAAGUACGAACCACGGGGAUCCGUUAAAGGGCAACAUCUAGCUGAUUUUGUGGCUGAGUUGCCAAGACGAAUGUCACAUUGCUGUUCGUGGAUAUUGUACGUAGACGGAUCGUUUGGUCAGCGAGGAGGAGGAGCGGGUGUUGUCUUAGAAGGUCCGGACGGCAUCGUUAUCGAGCAGGCCCUGAUCUUCCGGUUUAAGGCUAGCAAUAAUCAGGCUGAGUACGAGGCCUUGAUAGCCGGUCUUGAGUUAGCUCGAGAUUUAGGGGUUAAAAUACUAUGUUGCAAAACAGACUCCCAAUUGGUAGCAGGUCACCUGAACGGGACUUUCCAGAUUAAAGAUGACCAACUACUCAAGUAUUUCCAUAGGGUCAAGCAACUAUUCGUACAUUUCGAUAACAUCGAGGUGAAUCACAUACCUAGGAAUGAAAAUCAAAGAGCCGACCGUUUAUCGAAAUUGUCGACCGGUAAGGAGAAAGGACAAUUGUCUUCAUUAGUUCGCCAGGUAGUUUUCAAGCCAGCAGUUGAAUGCUUACAAGUAUAUUCUAUUGCCGAACGGGACGACUGGAGAAGAGAAAUUGUUUUGUUAAUCCAACAGCAGGAGGCAGGAGCAAACCUCCGAUCGGAGCAACUGAAACAGGUCGCAAGGUACGUCAUGGUGGGAGAAGAGUUAUACCGAAGGGGAUACGUCACGCCGAUGUUAAAAUGUAUAUCCAAGGACGAAUCCGAUUAUGUAAUGCGAGAGCUUCAUGAGGGGAUAUGCGGCAGACAUGGUGGCGGGCGGUCAUUAAGAGCUUGGGCCUUGAGGGCAGGAUUCUAUUGGCCAACAAUGGAAAAGGAUUGUCAAGACUUUGUGGCCAGAUGCUCGGCUUGUCAGAAGCACGGGAACCUCAUUCAUACGCCAGCUGCUGCAUUGUCAAUCAUAAUAUCGCCAUGGCCUUUCGCGCAGUGGGGAAUGGACAUAGUUGGUCCAUUCCCAACCGGUCGUUCGCAGUUUAAAUUUAUGUUAGUCGCUAUCGAUUAUUUUACUAAGUGGGUGGAAGCUGAGCCUUUAGCCAAAAUAUCAGCUUCGCAGGUACAAAAGUUUGUAUGGCGAUUGAUCUGCAGGUUUGGCUUGCCAAAGUACAUCAUCACUGAUAAUGGCCGGCAGUUCAUCGACAAAAAGCUGGUAGCGUUUUAUAAGGAGUUGGGGGUCACGCCUUUAACCAGUUCGGUAGAGCACCCGCAGACGAACGGUCAAGCGGAAGCUAUGAAUAAAAUCAUCAUCCAAGAGCUAAAGAAGAAACUAGGGGACGCCAAAGGCACAUGGGCAGACGAGUUACAGCAGAUACUGUGGGGUUACCGAUGCUCCCCACACAGUGCAAUUGGAGAGUCACCAUUUAAUCUCACCUAUGGGUCAGACGCAAUGUUACCAGUUGAGGUCGGGGAAAAUACGCUCCGAAGAAAUAUUACUGACAUGAAUGAAAAUGAAGAGCAUCUCAGAAGUAAUCUGGACACAUUACCCGAACGGCACGAUAUGGCAGCCGUUCGGCUAGAGGCCCAUAAAAGACUCGUGGCUCGACGCUACAAUACCAAGGUUAAGCCACGGCAGUUUGUAGAGGGAGACUUGGUGUGGAGACGAACGGGUGAAGCAAGGAGAAAUCCCACGCAUGGGAAGUUGUCGGCCAACUGGGAAGGCCCUUUCAGAAUAAAGGAGAAUUUGGAAAAUGGUGCAUACCGAUUGGAGUGUUUAGAUGGAAAACCCAUUCCUAAUAAACUUUAA